AUGUCAUCAAUCGACGAUUCAUUCAUCAGCGAUGAAGAAGAAGAGUUCUGUCCCUUAUGUGUGGAGGAGAUGGACAUCAGCGACAAGAACUUCAAACCAUGUCCAUGCGGAUACCAGAUUUGCCAGUUUUGUUACAACAAUAUCAAGCAGAUUCCUGAGUUAAAUGGAAGAUGCCCUGGUUGUAGGAGACUUUACGAAGAUUCGACUGUCGAGUACAAAUCCGUUUCAGCUGAAGAGUUCAAAAUGCAACAGAUGAAGCGUGAUAGAAGAGAACGUGAUAAGAAGCAAAAAGAAAAGGAAAAGAAGGAGAGUGAGUUGGCCAGCAAGAAACACUUGGCAGGAAUCAGAGUGGUUCAAAAGAAUUUGGUCUAUGUCACUGGUUUAAAUCCUCCCUGUAAUCCAGAAGACUUGCAUUCGGUGUUGAGGUCCGACAGAUACUUUGGUAGAUACGGGAAGAUCCUGAAGAUUGUCAUCAACAAAAAGGCACCUCCAAACGCUCCAGGAGCGGUGCACCACCAUCAAAACCCCGGUCUCGUUGUGUAUGUAACAUUCGCGAAGAAGGAAGAUGCCUUGAGGUGUAUCAAUGAUAUGGAUGGAUCUUUGUUGGAUGGAAAGAUCUUGAGAGCUGCUCAUGGUACUACCAAGUAUUGUUCCAGUUACUUGAGAGGUCACCCAUGCCAAAACCCCAACUGCAUGUUUUUACAUGAGCCUGGUGAAGAAGCCGAUUCUUAUACUAGAAAAGACUUGUCUACACAACAGGGUAUAAAAAUGGGCACUAUGAAUAGAGUUUCAAGCUCAUCAAAUCUUGAAUCUCAAGACACCAGUACGGGAGUAGCACCUUCCCAGCUGAACGAAGAAGAAGAGCCUAAGGAAGAGGCAAAGGAGCCAGCCGUGUUACCUGCAACCGCUCACUGGGCCAAAGCUAACUCCAACACCUCAUCUCCAGCUGUUGAUAACAAUGCUGCGUUGGCAAACCCUUCGGCAUUCCCUACUUUGGGAGAGAUAUUUAAAGAGCAAAAGCAAACCACAACUCCAACCAAGCCUUCAAAGAAAAAGAAGAAGGAUGCAGCUGAUGAUAGUGAUAGUGAUGAAGCCUAUGCUCCUUUGCAGGUGUUGGACGAGAUUACCACCAAUUUGAAGAAUUUGACUCACAAGGGAGAGAAGCUUGUAGUUAAGUUCAACGAAGAGUUCGAAAAUUUCACUGAGAGCACCGGCACGUUCUUGCCAUUGUUCCAUUUUAACAAGGAUCUUCCAAAAGAUUUGAGCAAGGUGGAUAAUGGUCAAGAAAAGUCAUCUUCCAAGAGAAUCAUAGAAACCUAUUUGUUGAGACCCAUUAAGAACUACCAUUUGGCUUACCAAAACCACCCUAUAAUUCAACAACAAAUCUUGUUACAACAACAGCAACAACAGCAAAAGUUGAACGUGGACCCAGGUGCUAGUGCCCAACAGCAACAACAGCAAUUGCUAUUGUUGCAACAACUUCAAAACCAACAGGCUCCUCAUUCUCAACAGGUUCCCCAACAACAGAUCACUUCUCAAAAGAUUCCCCAACUGGCACCUCCACAAGGACUGCAGGGUCAAUCACAAAACGGUCCAAUUCCUCAACCCAUUGGAGUUGGUCUGGCUGGUGCUCCUCCUGGGUUAGUUAACAAUUCUUCCAGCUCCCAGUUGUUAAAUCAAUUGAUGACUGGCAAAAGAUAA